AUGCCAGGUGGGCCUGAGGAUGGUACCGUUAUUCCGAGUUUUGGGGGUCACGUGUCUGCCUACAUAUGGGGUGGGCAGGAGCGAAACGUGCUGCGGUGUUUGAGCAGGACACAGUUGUGUUCUGAAUUGGGUAACUGGCGCGCUCAUCUUCCGCCGGAGCACCUGGAACCGAUUGAUGGCACUGGGCUUCGUGUCGACGGUUCCAUGGUUUCCACUACUCCUAGCACGGACGUUUUACGGGACGCGUGCUCGGUUACCUUGGAUAUGACUGAGGAAGAGCUGAAUGAGAAGUGUGGUACCAAAACCGUAUGGCAAGUACUCGGCGGUUGUUUGUUUUUGGACAAGAGUGGAAACCGUACUCAUCCUUCCUUCUUCAACGAGCUGUUUGUUGAGGAUGUUCAGAUUAGUGAGUACUCCUGGGGUUCUGCUGUGCUAGCAUACAUGUACCGACAAUUGGGUACAACAUCACGAAGAGAUGCUGAUUCUAUCGCUGGCUGCCUUACGCUUCUGCAGGCAUGGAUCUACGAGUACUUUCCGUGUUUCCAGCCUCAGCAGGGGACCUUGACCAGAGAGCUUGCUAUUCCUCAUGCGUCCGCCUGGGAUGUUGGAUCGGGGUGCCCUAACAAGAGCAUGGAGCGCCUUCUCGCUUUUCGGGCUAGGUUGGAUCAUUUGACUGACAAUGAAGUUAACUGGCUACCGUACGGAGUUGAUCCAGCAUGA